AUGGAGGAUUCUGAAAAAUACGACAAAUCCACAGAGGUGGAUACUGGGAAGCACCAGCAAGAUGAAGAAAAACCUGAAACAGAAACCAAGGAUGUAGAAGAAUUAGUCAAUGAAAACGACAAGAAAAAUAAUGAUCCAGUAACAAUACUUAGUGUAGAAGUAUUGGCAACAGGUACAAAUCAAAGUGAGACUGGGUCAGAGCAUAUGUCUGAUGCUCAAACAAAUGAUGAAUCGGUUGUGCCAUGUGGUGAUGCCAAUGAUACUACUGAAACACGUGAAAAUGAAGUAGUUCCUCAAGACACAGGUGACAAAAAAGAAGAAAAUGUGGAUAUCCAACCUGAAAACAUGGAAGAGGAUACAGUGCAAGAUUCCACAGAAAAUUCCACAUGCAAAACUGAUGAAGAUAUAAAUUCUUCCACUCCAAGCACCAAUGAAACUAUCAAUGAACAUGUGGAGGAUGGCGCUUUACAAUCAACAGAAACUAAACAUUUGGAAGCAAAUUCUGCUACAGUAUCUACCACGGGUUUAAGCCUGCUAGCUCAAUAUGCCUCUGGUAAUGAAGACUCCGAUUCAGAAUCUGUUGUAGAAGUCCCCCUGCCGGCAAAUCAGGACUAUCGCAAUAAAGUUGUUGAAAUUGAUUCUGAUAGUGAUUCAGAUUCCAGCAGCAGUGAUUCCGAUGUAGAAUGUUUAGAUAAUUUACGUAAGAAAAUUGAAAAACGUAUGGAAGUCGAUGAGGAUGACGACGAAGAUGAGGAUGAUGAAAACGGCAAAGGCGAAAGAAGAAAACCAAAACAAAAAAUAAAAGCUAAGGGAGAAUUGCUGUUGGAGGAUUUGCCACCCAUACACGAAUUACACAUUACCGUACCCGAAGAUGAAUGCAUAGAAUUGGGAAAGAUACACUCAAUUGUUGAUCAAUUGGUAUUGGUUAGUGCUUUGCCGAAUUCUGUACUCUUGGAUUUGGAUACUGUGUUAUUUUUGGACAAAGGACAACGUGUAUUGGGCGAAGUGUUUGAUGUAUUGGGCCAGGUGGCCGAUCCCUUGUAUUGUGUACGUUUCAAUACAAACAAGGAUAUCAAUGAGAAAAACAUCAAAGUUGGUGAUACAGUUUAUGUGGCUCCCAAGACACAGUACACACAAUUCAUAAUCUUAUCAAGUUUAAUGAAUAUGAAGGGAUCUGAUGCAUCAUGGGAAAACGAUAUAGAACCACCACCAAGAUUUCUGGACUAUUCGGACGAUGAACAAGAACAGCUGGCCAAAAAGCAGCUUCGUAAUCGUAAUAAACCCACAGAGUGUGAUGAUCCUGAGAAGAAAGCUCGCACAGGCGAUACAGAAGAAGGUGAUGGAGGAAAUGAUGCUACAGCGAAUAGACCCAAAGCUUCCAGACAUCAAAGAAAUCAAAACCAAAGAGGCGGCCGGCCUGGACAAGGGUCGUCGAAUAAUCAAAACUCUUAUAAUCGUCCACCUCGUCAUCAGUCGCCGUAUCAACAACACCAUCAACAACAAAUGAAUCGCCCCAGCAAUCACAAUCCCAGUUCUUGGCAUUCAAAUUAUUAUCCACAACAAUAUCCGGUACCACCACCAAAUUAUGGUUAUGGCCACCACCAGGGUUAUCCACAAAUGCCACCCGUACAACAACAGAAUUAUCCACAACCCAUGUAUCCUAUGCCUCCUAUGGGUUAUCAUGCUCCACCUCCACAUCCUCACAUGAGACCGGUUAUAAAUAAUCCAUCUGGACCUGUUCCUCAGCAACCACAACAAAUGGUGCCGGGUGUCUUUAAUAUGCGUCCACCGACAAUGGGUAAUUUUGAUGGACAUCAUCCACCGCCACCAGGUGCUCAAUAA